AUGAACGGCGAAAAAAAAGAAGAAAUGGAGUUUGUUGUUCAAACUUUGUACCAACAUACAUUAGCACGAGGGAAGGUUGAGAUUAAUAGUUCGGUUCAAGGCUUGAAAGACUGGGGCGAGAUGAGAUCUGCGGGAUUUCGACCAGGCUCAGACAAAGGCCGUAAAAUGGGAGUCACUGCUUUGAAUGCAAAGACUGGGAAAAAUAAAGAACUGAUCUUUGAAGAUCAAGAAAGAAUGCUUGAUUUGGCCUUGAUCAACGAAACACUAGCGGAAUGGAUGUCUACGCUGUGCAUGCAUGCUUUUAAAUCAAACAGAGAUUUGGCCAUCAAACACGAGAUCCCAUCAUUUGCCGAUAUAGACUGGUCGAAGUCACCAAAUGCGAAUAUUUUCGCAUCGAGCGUCGUGGUAACAAGAGAUGGAUUCAACAAUAAUCCACACAAUGAUCGUGAUGUUAGCGCUUACACCUACGGUAUCUUCACUCGCAUAAAUCGUAUUACAGGCCUACUUCAUUGCGAUGAAACAUCAGACUAUCUGGGUUAUACGACCGGAACGUACUUCAUCCUUGAUGAAUAUCAUGUCGAGUUGGCUUUGGAUCUUUGCGACGGUGUUGUGGAAAGUAUUUGGGCAUCAGACGAAAAUCACCACACUUCUGCUUCAACUACAUAUGAAGAGGGUCAUAUCUCUAUCGCUCCCAAGUAUUCACCCAUCACAAGAUUUGGGUGUUCACUCCAGAUCAACGAGUCCCUGCUGAAUCGCAUUGAAGGCUUAUUGAAGAUGAGAGAAGGGAAAACGCCUCAAGAAUGGGAGUUGUAUAAAAAAGAAGUGGUCAAAUGUUAUGAACAAGAAAUUGAUUUCAAACUAAGCAAACUAUAA